CUAACUUCUUCCCUCCAUUAAUGGCAUCGGCAUUUGCCAGUGCAUACACAAUUCCUCCAAACACUACUACUGCUCUACAAAAUCCUCUCCCUAUAAAAACCCCCGCAAUACCCCCAUGUUCAAAAAUCAUCACCAAUACCAAUUUUAAAUUUGUUAACCAUGGCGAAGGGAAAAAACAAAGGAGCAGAAACGGAUAACAGUGAAUGCUCUGUUUUCAGCAUUGUUUUUACGGUUCAUUUGCAUUGUAAGGGAUGUACUGGAAGAAUCCGAAAGCAUAUCCUCAAAUAUCCUGGUGUUGUUAGAGUUGAGUUUGAAGGUGAAAACAAGGUUAAAGUGAUUUGCCUAAAAAAUGUUGAUCCAGAGAAAUUACGAGACAAAUUGCAAGAAAAAACAUCCAAAAAAUUCGAACUAAUCCUUCCGCAACAACCCAAAAAAGAUGCCAAACAGAAUGUAAAACAAACAGAAAACAAACCCAAAGAGUUGGCAGUAACAUCAGUACUAUUGAAGGUAGAGUACCACUGUGAUGGCUGUUAUCAGAAACUCUGCAAAACAUUGCAUUCCUACACAGGUGUGCAUGAAGUGAAAGAAGAUAAAGAGAAAUCCACAAUGAAAGUGAGUGGAAGGUUUGAAGUGAAGAAAAUGGUGGAAGAGCUGUCCAAGAAAUUGCACAAACCACUUGAAAUCAUUCCUGAGAAGGAGAAAGAACAGAAGAAACCACCUGAUAACAGCACCAACAAACUACCAACUCAGGAGAAGAACAAGGAAGUUAAGGUGGAAUAUCUAGUUAAUGGAUCUGGGUAUGUGGGUGUGUGUGAUGGGUCGGGUCGGAUCCUGAAAAUAUUUGACACUCCUGAGCUAUUCAGUGAUGACAACCCAAAUGGCUGCUUCAUUAUGUGAUCAUUCUCCUUCUAUGGCAUGCACUUCAGAAACAGGGUUUUUUGGGUUACUAAUUACUAUUUACUAUUUACUAACUGUAAAUAAAUGAAUGAACAGAAUCAGUAACAGUAUCUACUGCUUGUUUUUGGUUUAAUGAUGCACAGGUGAAGUUUGU